AAAUGGUUAAUAUGGCUGGCCGAAGAGGAGGACUUCGUGCAACUAGAAGACAUGGCAGUGAUCCCAAUUCUACGUCGUCUGCUUUAUGUUCUGACUCGUCUGCGUCGAUUGUACCGCACGCUGCUCAAAGUCAAGAUAGAACGGAGAACAAUAUUGGUACUGAAACCCAAGUUCACGGCUCAACAUCUAACACGAGAACUAGGAGUUCUCGUGUUCGUGGACAGACCUCUGCUAGGAGUUCUCGUGUUCGUGGACAGACCUCUGGUCUAGGAGCUCGACAGGCAUUGAAACAUGCCAAAAACAGGUUUAACGUCCAGUUUAAAUUUGGUUCGAGAGCAGCUGUAUGUGCCAACACCUCAAAGUUCAACAAUGAAAUUGGAACCAUUUUGCGUACGGAUUGUAGUCUCCGUUACGAUGAGUGGAGGGAUGUACCAGAGUCUGUUAGGGCACCUCUGAGGGAGAAACUUCUUACACUUUCGAUAUAG